CUCGUCAAACCUGCGCGAGGUGGGUAAGAGGAGGGAGUGUGCUCUCGCGUGACGUCCGCUCAGCUGCUCUUCCUACAACAUAACUUGGGGAGGAAGUCCGGUCGGUUCGGGAGAGCCGAGGAAAGCAAAAGUUCGAGGAUGUUGCUGUGGGUGCUGGCUGUGCUGCUUGUGCUCUUCAGCUGUCUGGAUGUGUGGUACUUCCUGCGAUCCGUUACCACGGUGCUCUGGGCGUGGUUCCAGCCCCCGGUUUGGGACGUCCUGGGAGAGCAGUGUGUUGGGGGGCGAGUGCUGCCCCGCGAUAUAGACAUGGGUCACAUGAACAACGCCCGGUACCUGCGGGAGUGCGACUUUGCCCGCUUCGCCCUCUUCACCCGGAACGGCGUGUUCAAGGCCGCCCGGGCCCUGGGAGCCUCCUUAAUGGUGGGGGCGUCGACCAUCCGCUACCGGCGCUCGCUCUCAUUGGGCGAGGCCUUCGAGCUGCGCAGCCGCAUCGUGGCCUGGGACGACAAGGCCUUCUUCCUGGAGCAGCGCUUCGUCUCGCGCGCCGACGGCCUGGUCCGCGCGGUCAUGCUCUGCAGACAGAACGUCCUGCGCAGCAGCCCUGACAAGAUCUUACAGUACCUGUGCAAGAGGAAGGUGGAGUGUCCUGAGUACCCAGAGGAUCUCCAGCACUGGAUCAGCUUCAUCAAUGCCAGCAGUCAGGCCCUGAGAGCUGAGAGCAACCUGGAGGAGAAGAACAAGUGAACGCACACGCACACACGCACACACUACAGACACGCACACGUACACACACACACACGUACACACGCACACACUACAGACACGCACACGCACACGCACACGCACACGUACACACACACACACACACACACACGCACACACACGCGCACACACGCACACACUACAGACACGCACACGUACACACACACACUUCAGACACACAUGCACACAUGUACACACACACAACAAGAGAACGAAAGGAACACUGACACCCAGUGGUAGAAGAAGGUCGUUUAGAAAGAUGUUACAUUUCAAUGCCUUGUUUUACCGUCAGAUUAACUUACAUUUUGCAUUUCUUGGAGUGAUAAUAAUGGUAAAUAAACAUUCAUAUGUUUUGUAAAUGCAUUUGUAAUAAAGUUCUUUAAUAACAA